AUAGGAGAAUUUUACAAACUGGCAACAUAGCGAAGUGAUUAUAUGUUCGCGGCUAAAUUCAGUGUGGUACUUGUUGCGGUUAUGGGUUAUGUGUUUACUUACAAAAUGGCAUAAAUUCGGAGAAAGUGCAAGACGAUGAAUAAUUAAAUUGUCGUUGAAUCUGAUUAAUUAAUUAAUUUUAUUUAUUAUGGCAUCAUCGUUGUGUAAAUCUGCCGUUCUUAAAGUGUAUCUGGAGGUAAUUGACGAUGUUAUUAAUGGAGUUAGAGAUUUAUUUCUUGAGGAAGGCGUCGACGAACAAGUCCUCCAAGAAUUAAGAGGAAUCUGGGAGAACAAACUGCGUUCUACAAAAGCUGUCGAUAACCAAAGUGAAAUAGAUAAGCAAAGUGCAAAAAAACUUAAUGAUGUUGUGUUAGCCAACGGCUUCCAAAAACCACAACCACAGCAAGUGAAACAAGUUGUCGGUCAAGUUCCUCCCAAUAAUCAUGUCCAAACGGCAGCUGUACCUCAAAUCCAUGAUAAACAAAUGGUUCCCAUUCAAGUCACUUUACCUGCACAACCCGGUGGUGAAAAUGCAGCCAGAGUUUUUACUAUUCAAGUACCGGCUAAUGCCCUUCAAGGGAAUCAACUAUCAAAAGUUCUUACAGGUCCAGUUAUGUUAGCAACAAUGAGCCUCCCACAAGCAAUAGCAUCCUCACUACUCCAACAGCACGUAAACGCGGCGUUUAGUACGCCACAAGGUCAACCUCAAGGUCAAAUCCAAGCGCAGCAAACGGCAACGCAACAGCAGCAAGUGGUUAGACAAAUAGCAAACAAACCUGUGAUACAAAGUGACGGGCCUCAAGACUGUUCCGACGACGACGACGACGCUCACAUGCAGCAGCCGGGUCCGUCAACAUCCAGCGGACUGGUGUUUCAAAUUGACGGCCCUAUGGAUACGUCCGAUGAUGACGAAGAUGGAUCCGAUGACGAUGACGCCUCCGAAGACGCCGACGACGACAAAGACGAGGACGAACAAGAAGUCGAUGAGGGUGGACCCGAAGAAGAACCUCUUAAUUCUGAAGAUGAUGUUACUGAUGAGGAUCCCACAGAUCUUUUUGAUACGGAAAACGUGGUUGUGUGCCAAUAUGACAAGAUAACGAGGAACCGUAAUAAAUGGAAGUUUCAUUUGAAAGAUGGUAUUAUGAAUCUGAACGGUGAAGAUUACUUGUUUCAGAGAGCUACUGGUGAUGCGGAAUGGUGAGGAAAUGGAUUGAAUAAUAAUAACUUUAAUUAAUUUUAAUAAUAAGGCCACGCAGUCAUUUUCCAUACAUUUGUUUUUAUCUUUUUUCGGGAACGAUAGGAACGGAAACAAAAAACUCAACUUUAUUCCCUUUGAUUUUUUAUUUUGUUCGUUUAUUAUCUUGGGGCAGCGAGAAACGCGCAUUGACAGAGAAAUCUACGGUUUUAAUUCAAUAAAUUUUGAGAUUACUCCACAAAAAAUCUUUUUUAUUCUUUCAUUUCUCAAAAUUUAUUGAAUGUUGUAUAAAAAAAAGUAGAUUGAUCUAUUGUAGGGUUUAUAAAUAUUAUAUAUUAAUGAACGAUUAGUGUUAUGAGUGAGCUUUGUUUAUUAUUCUUUAUCUUAAUUUUUUGUUAAUUUAAUAAUCGCACGAUUUUCCAUGUCAUUUUCUUUCCUUUUUUGUUAUACUUAUAUAUAUUAAUUUUUAUGUACAUAUUAAACACUUAUAUAAAUAAUGCAAUCAAUAGUUACUUAAACAACAAACUGUUUCAACUUUGUUCUUAUUAAUUUUAUUUUUAUUCUUCUAUAAGAAAAGAACUAAUAUAAAUGAAUUUACUUAUAAAGUGUAAAAAGCGAGUAAAUAAUUGACCUUAAUUAACGGCCUUAUAUCACUGAAAUUAAUUCAUAUUCCUCGCCUCUAAAAAAUAAAGUACUUAGGCGGGCUUGGGGGAUGCUAAAAUACGUCUAAAAUAACUGUAAUCGGGAACAAAUGAGAUAACUUGUAUGUGUUUUUGAUCGCAUGUCAGCAUCUGUCAAUGUGUUGUUACGUCGCGCGUUACAUAUUUUCCAAUUAAUUUUUGUGUUAUUCUAGAAAUAGGAAAUUUGUAUACAGUGUAAUUAUGUUUGCAGAAUAAAUUUAUUCUUGAAUAACAAUA